AUGACUAUCGAACACAGCGAUGGCCAAGAACACCCCGACGCAAACACAACGACGAAACAAAGCUAUGAACAAGAUUGCACGGACAACUCCCAGGACACUGCGAGCAACAGCUCUCAAGUGAACACUACCAACGACAAGGAUAUCGAACAUGGUAUUCAAGUGAAGGUCGAGUUUCCCAAAGUCCUAGGGUGCGAACAAGGCGUCAAAACGCCAAAGAAACGUUUGUCGUCAACGGAUGCCAAGACAUACCCGGCAACGAAGAAGCAAACUCAAGCCAAAUAA